AUGGGAAUUUGCAUGAGUAACAAGAAAGAAAAGUAAGCUAAGGAAGGGGAACUAGAUUAUAUCGUAAAAUAAAUGAGGACCUCUCCUUGUCCAGAAGAGAUUCUGAACUAGAGAACAUCAAUUGAUAUUCCCUAUAAUGCUUACAAAAAUCCAAUUUUAAAUCGUCGGUUAAAAGGAAGUACAACCUUGACUAGCGCAUAAUGA